AUGGAAAGCCACCUUGUGGGUAAGAGCUCAUCAUCAAGAGCAGAAACAAAAGCUUCAUUUACAAGUGCACUCACUCUUACCCAAUUGGGGGUGCCUCAUGUGCCUCAACGCUAUGUUCUUCCUCCUUCACAACGCCCAAACCCUUCUUCCUCUAGGCUCUCUACCACUCUUCCCAUUGUUGACCUCUCCUCCUUGCAAAGCCCUUCUCUUAGGCCCCAAAUCAUCAACAAUAUUCGGAUGGCUUCUAAGGAAAUUGGCUUCUUUCAGGUGGUUAACCAUGGAAUCCCGUCUUCGGUUAUGGAAGAUGCCCUAAGUGCUGCAAACGAGUUCUUCAACCUGCCUCUUGAGGAAAAGAUGCUUCUGGGUUCGGAUAGCGUUCAUGCACCUGUAAGGUACGGGACAAGUAUGAAUCAUGUUGUGGAUAGGGUUCACUUUUGGAGAGACUUCAUUAAGCACUACUCCCAUCCUAUUUCAAAAUGGAUCCAUCUUUGGCCAUCAAAUCCUUCUUGUUACAAAGAGAAGAUGGGAAACUAUGCCAAGGCUGUGCAAGUGCUACAAGAGCAAAUAAUGGAGCUUGUCUUAGAGAGCUUGGGGCUAAACCCUAAGUACUUACAAGAAGAAGUUGAAAGUGGGUCCCAACUAGUGGCUGUGAAUUGCUACCCUGCAUGUCCAGAACCAGAGCUUGCCUUAGGAAUGCCUCCCCAUUCAGACUAUGGCUCCAUAACCAUCCUGCUUCAAAGUUGUCCAGGGCUUCAGGUCAAGGACCAGAACAGCAACUGGCAAUCGGUCCCGGCCAUCGAAGGAGCUCUCUUGGUUCAGCUGGGAGACCAAAUGGAGGUUCUGAGCAAUGGACAUUACAAAAGUGUUCUUCACAGAGCAACAGUUAGCGCUGAGAAAAGUAGGCUUUCCAUUGCCAGUCUCCACAGUCUAUCUUUGGACAAGAAAGUAGGGCCUGCACCAAUGCUUGUGGACAAACAACAUCCACAGUCUUACAAAGAGUUCAGCUUCAGCGACUUUCUGGAUUUUAUCACAAACAAUGAUAUAGUUCAGGAAAGGUUUAUUGAUACACUCAAACAGAAUUAA